AGGACUACUAGCCCCCUUCCCGAGGCCGGGGCAGAGCUAAGCAGCCCCGAGGAAGUCCUCGCCUUGGAGGUGGAGGAGCAGAGCUCUAGAGCUCCUCAAUCCGUAGGGCCACCCCAGCGGCUCCUUCGGAGGAGCCUCAGCUUCCGCCACUGGCCGGGCGGGGACGUGCUGCGGCUGCGGGCCCUCUCCCGGGACAAGCACCACCGUAGCUCCGGCUGCCUGCACCAGCCGCCCGAAGGGGAGCCCCUCUGGGCCUCAGGAGAUCCCAGGGAUGCUCUGGACUCGGCUGCGGCCGAGAUGGGCCCCGGAGCCCCGGAGGGGCCUCUGCCCUUGGCCCUGCCUCUGCCCCUGCCCCUGCCCCAGCCCCAGCCCCAGCUCCAGCCCCAGCCCUCGGAGAAGCGCAACACCUUGGACGUGGGCGAGGUGCUCAGCAAGGUGGACCCACUGGCACUGUCGGAACUGGAGCGCUGGGAGCGCAGCAAGAGCAAAAACCGCACGUUGGAUAACAGCGACCUGCAGCGGCUGGAGCGGGCCCAGGCCCAGGCCGUCGGGGGCCGGGGCCUCUUCACCGGGGCCUCCCUGGGACCUCCGGAGCAUCGGCUGCUGCGCUUCUUCAGCGGCAUCUUCGCCAGAAAGGACGGCACCUCGACCCCAUUCUCCAGCCCCAACGGCAGGGGCCCCCGUGGCAGCUUCACCCGCUCUCGGGGCUAUUUCAGCAGCCUCAAGAGGGGCCGCCCUGGACAUGCAAUCCAGCAGCGAGAGCAUCGGUGGCUCCCCGCAGAAAGAUGCCUUCGUGAAUAGCCAAGAAUGGACAUUAAGUCGAUCUGUGCCAGAGCUGAAAGUGGGAAUUGUGGGUAAUUUGGCCAGUGGCAAGUCUGCGCUGGUCCACCGGUACCUGACUGGCACAUACGUUCAGGAGGAAUCACCUGAAGAUGUGGAUGCAGGUGGGAGAUUCAAGAAGGAAAUAGUUGUGGAUGGGCAAAGCUACCUGCUGCUGAUUAGAGAUGAAGGGGGUCCUCCAGAGGCACAGUUUGCCAUGUGGGUGGAUGCGGUUAUAUUUGUCUUCAGCUUGGAGGAUGAGAUCAGCUUCCAGACAGUUUACCAUUACUACAGUCGAAUGGCCAAUUAUCGGAACACGAAUGAGAUCCCCAUGGUUCUAGUGGGAACCCAGGACGCGAUAAGUUCCAGCAACCCACGUGUGAUUGAUGACGCUCGAGCGAGGAAGCUGUCAAAUGACCUGAAGCGAUGCACGUACUACGAGACCUGCGCGACCUACGGCCUGAAUGUGGAGCGUGUGUUCCAAGAUGUUGCUCAGAAGAUUGUUGCCACCAGGAAGAAGCAGCAGCUUUCCAUAGGACCAUGCAAGUCAUUACCCAACUCCCCCAGCCACUCCUCCGUGUGCUCCGCCCAGGUCUCUGCUGUGCAUAUCAGUCAGACGAGUAAUGGAGGAGGGAGCUUGAGUGACUAUUCGUCCUCCGUCCCGUCCACUCCAAGCACCAGCCAGAAAGAGCUCCGAAUCGAUGUCCCUCCUACUGCCAACACUCCGACUCCUGUCCGCAAGCAGUCCAAGCGGCGAUCCAACCUAUUCACAUCUCGUAAAGGGAGCGACCCAGACAAAGAGAAAAAAAGCCUGGAGAGUCGAGCGGACAGCAUUGGAAGUGGCCGUGCAAUUCCAAUUAAGCAGGGGAUGCUAUUAAAGCGAAGCGGCAAAUCGUUGAAUAAAGAAUGGAAGAAGAAAUAUGUCACCCUGUGUGACAACGGCGUCCUGACCUAUCACCCAAGUUUACACGAUUACAUGCAGAACGUCCAUGGGAAGGAGAUCGACCUUCUGAGGACCACUGUGAAAGUCCCAGGGAAGAGACCGCCCCGGGCCACAUCGGCCUGCGCCCCCAUCUCCAGCCCCAAGACCAACGGCCUGGCCAAGGACAUGAGCAGUCUGCACAUUUCACCAAAUUCAGGGAAUGUUACUGCUAGUGCGUCUGUGUCUCAGAUGGCAAGUGGCAUCAGCUUAGUGUCCUUCAACACGCGCCCCGAUGGGAUGCACCAACGGUCCUACUCCGUCUCCAGCGCUGACCAGUGGAGUGAAGCCACAGUCAUUGCCAACUCGGGCAUCAGCAGCGAUACAGGUUUGGGAGAUUCAGUCUGUUCAAGCCCCAGCAUAUCCAGCACCACAAGUCCCAAGCUCGAUCCUCCGCCUUCCCCUCAUGCCAACAGGAAAAAACACAGACGGAAGAAAAGUACCAGCAAUUUCAAAGCAGAUGGACUCUCGGGCACAGCUGAAGCCAAACGCAAAGCAUGGAAACUAAACCGUGUUGGUAGCCUGCGAAAUAUAUACAGCAGCAGCAGCACCAACACCGAAGAACAAGAAGAAAACCUUGAGUUUAUCAUUGUGUCCCUCACCGGCCAGACGUGGCACUUUGAAGCCACCGCGUAUGAAGAGCGAGACGCGUGGGUACAAGCCAUCGAGAGUCAGAUCCUGGCCAGUUUACAGUCUUGUGAAAGCAGCAAGAACAAGUCCCGCCUGACGAGCCAGAACGAGGCGAUGGCCCUGCAGUCGAUAAGGAACAUCCGGGGGAAUUCACAGUGUGUGGACUGUGAGGCUCAAAACCCAAACUGGGCCAGUUUGAAUUUGGGUGCCCUCAUGUGCAUCGAGUGCUCAGGGAUACACCGGAAUCUUGGCACGCACCUUUCCCGCGUCCGGUCGCUAGACCUCGAUGACUGGCCCAUUGAACUCAUCAAGGUCAUGUCCUCCAUUGGUAACGAGUUGGCGAACAGCGUCUGGGAAGAGAGCUGCCAGGGACACAUGAAGCCCUCGCUGGACUCCACCAGGGAAGAAAAGGAACGGUGGAUACGGGCUAAGUAUGAGCAAAAGCUCUUCCUGGCACCUCUUCCGUGCAUGGACCUCUCUCUGGGCCAGCACCUGCUGAGGGCCACAGCGGAUGAGGACUUGCGGACUGUCAUCCUGCUCCUGGCCCACGGGUCACGGGAAGAAGUGAAUGAGACCUGCGGGGAGGGCGAUGGACGCACAGCUCUGCACCUCGCCUGCCGGAAGGGGAAUGUGGUUCUGGUACAGCUCUUGAUCUGGUAUGGCGUAGAUGUCAUGGCUCGAGAUGCCCAUGGAAACACGGCGCUGGCGUACGCCAGGCAAGCCCCAAGCCAAGAGUGCAUUGACAUUCUCCUGCAGUAUGGCUGUCCCGACGAGCGCUUCGUCCUCAUGGCGACUCCCAACCUGUCCCGGAAAAACAACAAUCGGAAUAACAGCAGUGGCCGGAUGCCCACCAUCCUCUGAGCUGUAAGUGCGGCUUUGCUGGCACCCCAAAAUCAGCAGCCCUCAUUGUACCCUUUCUCCUCAAAAUUACAACCUGUGAGUGUCGUGAAGUCCCACCUCCCACCUGACCCCGGGAUGGCAGCCUUCCUCCUCGACCACCUCACCUCCACCCCGACCACCUCUCCAUCCUACCCCACCCCACUCCCCCAAAAAAUCAGAAAUCUGGACAACCAUGAGGAGAAUACUGGUGAAAGAGGAGAAGGAAAGAGAAGCACAGAAUGAACGAUCCUCCUUAAAGAUCUUAAUGAUGAACACAGAAAGAGGGAGGACAAAAAUCAGCUUGGCCUUGGUCCUUUGAUCAUGCUUAACCCACGGCAUGGGACUGACCAUUUUAUGGGUUGUCCACAGACUGUCUCGGCAAGUGAUGGGGAAGAGGGCGGGAGAGGGAGGGAGGGAGGAAGAGGAGGCAGAAGAAAGAAGGAAUGGUAACUUUCCUUAACUGCCGGUUAAGCACAUCAGUACUUUUCCCCACUCCCAAACGGAACCCCGGGAUUUCAUUCUCUUUGCCGAGGAACUUGACGACAUAAAUCAGAGGCAAGUACAGAGUUUGUCAGGUUUGAAGCCCCUAUGAUGGUGUGUGUCAAAUCAGUUGUAGCUAAUCUGUCCAGGGAGAAUACUGGCUUCAUUACACUUGUAGAGUUGAGCUCUUCCAGCAUUACCGCUGUUUAAUAGGACAUGAUUAGUCAUCACGGAGAAAAAAGCAUAUUAGCUGAGAAGGUAGUUACUCGGCACGCAUCGGUGAUUGCCUGGAUGUGAUUGCAAUAUUCUUCCGAGCAUCAUAUUAUCUCAGACAUGUUCUUCGGAGCCCUUGGAGUCCUCCUUUCUAAAUUCACUGUCAUAAUUUAGGAUCUCUUUAAUUUUUCAGCCCAAAGAGAGAAAAGCAGUUGCCGAGUAUUAUUUGACUGCAGUCUCCUUGGUGUUAACAACAAAAUGGGAAAAAAUAAAUAAGAGUAACGAUGAAAUCCAGAAAGGAAAUCGUAAGCCCUGCUAACAAUCACAUUUCAAGUACGUUUAGUCAACUCAAUAAAUGAGUCCACAGCAAUUUUUUUUCUUUCCAGCUGAGAGAGAGAGAGAGAGAUUUGUUUUAUUUUUUUCUGUCCUUUGGCCAAGGUGGGUGUGUCAAAUUCAGGGGUCCCUCUCAUGCUGUGUUGCCUAAGUUAUACAGAUUUUUGUAUUGUGUCUUUAGAUGAGUGUAAAAUCUAUUUGAAUAAAAAAAAAGUUCACAAAGAUGCAUUGAUUUUUGUACAGAUGGAUGGCACCUCCACUGAUUUGGAAAUUGACCUACAUGUGAACACAUCAUGGGCCAACUUGAGGGGCUGGGAGGGUUACGGGUCAUUGACACAGAAAGGGCCCCAGUAGCAGGCACUUCCCAUCUAUUUUUGUAUAUUCUUAAAGGGCAUUUUAGAAUGAGAUGGUGGCCCAUUUUAUUUAUUUUUUAAAAGGUGAUGCUGAAUCUUGUUAGGAAGCAAAGAGAGGGGAGGGUGGUUUUCAGCUAUGGAAACAAUUUAGAUGUAACACUUUUGCCGACGGAGACAAAGGGCUGUGUCUUAGAGGAAGCUUAGGCUUGUCUAAUAAAACGCAAAUGCUUGAGAAAGGGGGCCCAUGAAUAGCAUCCCUUCUCGCCUCCCUCUCUAUGGCUGUCGUCAGAGGGAGACAGAGCCGCCUAAAACUGAACACUCAUCCCUAGCCGCCGUGUUGGUACGUGUUUUGCUAUUCGGUAUUGCUACCCUGGGCUAUUGCUGACGCCCACCAGCUAUAGACAUGGCAAAACAACCAGGAUUGUUUUUGAGGAAGAGGAGCAGGGAUUCUCAAGAGGCUCUUGGGAGUAGAAAGGUGGAAAGAAGGGUCUGGGACAGUGAAGGGGGAAAUCUGACCUGAAUUAGAAACUGGUGGACAGCAUUUCUAACCCCACCCAGCCAAAUAAUUUAAAAAAACCCCUAUUUCAAGUUUUUCACAUGUGCCAUCUAUGUUUCAAAUGGCUUGGGAGGUUCAUUUUGGGGGGGGGGGGUUGUUUGUUUCUCCUUUCCAAAAAAAAAAAAAGACAAGUUGGAGCAAACCAUGAAGUGCUGAGUGAAAUGUCUCGUGUGCACAAAAUAUUCAAAAUCAGUUUCUCUUCUGAAUUAAAAUUCUGUGGCAUGUCCGUCUAAGAAUGGGAGGAGGAGGGAGGGGGUCCCCAGUGUGAUACUGACAAUGCCUCUCCUUCCGUGUUUGAGCUACGUAUUUCAUCCCUGUGUGCCUGUUUUUAUCUCUCUUUCCCCCUUCUUCCCCCUUCUUCCCCCUUCUUUCUUUCUCCCUCUCCCCACCUCCCACCAUGGAAAUCCAUCAGUUAGAGUCUGACUCCCCAGAGCAGGAAGUGCAUUGCUCCUGCUCCUCUUAACGUGUUGUUGGUGUUCCAGGAGGAAGUGCCCCUGUCCUGAGCCUAAGUUUUGGCAACAAAAUGUUUCAAAAGGAGGAGGAGCUUGGGGGGGGGGCAACAAUAAAUGAGGGUCUUGUUUGUGAGUCUGCUUUUGUGCUGUUAGAAAAAGCAGAAGUACCUUCCUUAUUCCCAAAGCCCACCCUCGUAUUUGAAUAUCUUGCUAACACAAAGACAGUAAAAGACUUAAGGAGAGAGACCCGUCCUAGAGAUUGCCCCUGGUGAGGGGCAAAAGAUAAAGUUUAAAAUAUCUAUAUCCGUGGCUGAUAAGAGCUAUGUAGGAAGUGGUGGAUGAGAUAAAACCUUUUUUUUUUUGGUUUGGUUUGGUUUUAAUAAAAAGACUCAAAAGAGACGAGCAAAGAUUGGAAGGACCAUUCAAAAAGCAGGAGGCAAAAAGAUAGUGAAUGAUGUCAUCGUCCCCUACAGGAAGACGAUUGCUGGGAUUUUAUAUCCCAGCAAAGCUUCCUUCCUCCCUUCCACCAGUUGCGUCAUCUGGCUGAAUGGUUGCUAAAAUGGAUGAGUGUUUAUUGCAUAGUCAGGUUCAGAGAAAAUUUACGUAAAGGAGGGCUGCUGGAAACAGGAUUCCCUACCGAGAGAUCUGACACAGAGACCUUGCUCUCUUUGUUUCAAUGCCCAGGUUCUCUUAACUGGAAAGGAUUUCAGAUCUCAGGACUCACAGAUUCCCCCCUCCCCAUCCCACCCUUUCCCUACCUCGCCCUGAUGCUCCCAGAGAUGAGCAGCCCUCAUGAGUGGAGUCAUGAUGAGUAGAGUGGUGAAUUAAUGAAUCUCCUGCCUUACGAACAGAGCUAGUCUCCUAUCUCCCAAUAAGUUCACAUCAACAUUUACAUAUUCCAGAAGGGUGUGGCAGUAUAUACCACUAGCCCACAGAUGAAGAUUAUUGGACUUGGAGGAGGUGGUGACAGCAAGCGUAAUGAGCUCUGGCCAGUAGAAAAUUCAUUCCUGGCUCCUAAGUAGUUUGGUGAUUUGUUACUUAUAUUCCACAAAGGGAGCCUGUCUCCAUUUGAGUGGGGCUGGGAAGUUGUGGGGAGGGAGGAUUGUUCUUUUUUUUUCUUCUGGGCCUUCAGGAUGGUGGCCUGACCCAAAAAAAAAAAAAAAAGACAUAGAUGUUAGCAUUUUCCUUACAAAGUUCACACAGAGAAAGUUCCAAGGGGCCCCUACCAUUCUCAUUCACCAAUUUCUUUGGGCAGCAUAGAAGGGAAAAUCAGAAAACCUGGAUUCCUGUCCAGAAAGCAUGGAAUGACCUAGCUGAAAGUUAGACCCACUGAACAUUCAGGAUGAAAGGAAAGUCUUUGCUGAGGUGAAAGAAUCAUACGAUCGUAGAUCUAGAGUUGGAAGGGACCUAAAAAGCCACUUGGUUCAACUGCCUCAUUUUACAGGUGAGGAAACUGAGGCUGGGAGAGGUUAGGUGACUUUCAUGAGGUGACAUAGGCAGUGUCAAAGGUGAAAUUUGAGGCCAGAUCCUAGAGAGGACUGUAAAGCCCAUGAUCUUCCCAUGGUGCCAUACUGCCUCCAUAGUCAUUAUAAAACACAGGCAUAACUGUCUCCAUGAUAGGAAAAAGUUCUCACCUGCUGAGUCCACUCUUUUAACCUCUCUCUCCAUCCUUGCUCCUAGUUCUGCUUUGAUUGACUUUCUCCAGAACCCAUCUUCCCUAUUCUGUACAUCCCCCAAGCACGUUAUAAACAAACACAAAAAUAAAUUGGAAAGCUCUCAGGAGGAAAUGCCUACAGAAAUACAUGGAAGACAUGAGUCUGUUUGGUUGAUUUGUAUAAUAUCGCCUUUAUUUCUACAACUCCCUUGUCAGUCUUCCUACUUUGCCAAGUCUCACCUCUCAGAGUUCAUCCUUUGAAAAAAUGAAGGAAAGGUUACUAAGAGCUUCAAAAUCAUGGAUGUAAAUCACCAUCAACGUUUCCUAAUUUGGCCCAUGUCUUUCCUUUUGUGUUAUCCACAAAGCCCACUAGGGCCACCCAGUCCAAGGAUGACUUUUCAAUACUCCUCACCUGAGAAACAAUGGGGGGAGAGGUUUGAACAGCAUCCCAGGGAGCACAGAGUGCGUGGCCUGCCAGACACGCCUCCUGCCUUAGCCAUCGUGGUACUAAAUUAUGUGGCUUUUUAGCCCAGGAUGCAUGAUUUGCAUGUUGUUUUAAGAGAAGAGUGAGAAAGAACAUGGUGACUGAGGCUAGAUGAGGCUGUUAUUAAGUAUGGUCCAUUAAACAUGGCCCACUGAAGAAAAAUACACAGAUCUUAGUGUUCACCAUUGGUCAGGGCACAGGCAAACCACAGCCUCUCAAAGCCUCGAUGUCCACAUCCGCAAAACAAGUGGGUUAAACAAGAUGUUCUGCUAGUAGCCAGUGGCUAAGAGGAAGGGACCAAACCUUUCAUUGUUCACUCCUAUUUCUGGAGGGAUUAUUUUUAAUCACUGAUGAGUCCAACUGUGUGGUUUGAGAAGAAAGUUGAUUGCUUUCCUCCAUGGCGGCUCAAGAGCAUCCUUAAGAGAUAGGGAAUGACCUUCCCUUCAUCCUUUUGGAACCCCCAAUGCUCUUCACAUGUGUAGACCUUCACCACCUCCAAGAGGGAUUAGAUUUUGGCUGAGUCCCAGAGAGAAGAACUGGGGCCAAUGAAUGGAAAUUGCAAAGAGGAACAUAGAGUUCUGCUAUGAAGGGAAAUGUCCAAUUAUUGAGAGCUUUCACAAGCAGAAUCGGCUGCCCUAGGCAGGGGUGGGCUCACCUCAGUGGGAGUCCUCAAGCACAGACUGGGUGGCCACUUGCUCAGGAUGCUAUAGAGAGCAGCCUCUUGUCUGAACCCCAACUGGAGGGUCAUGGGGGGAGGGAGGGGUCCUGGCCAGCUUUGAAGAUCAGUUUAUUUUUCAUUUUAGGUCAGAUGUAGAGGUAAUUUAAUCUCUGAGUUAUUUUAAGAUAGUAAUUCUUUGGAUCAAAAAUAAAAACAAACUUUUUUUUUAAAUUCAAGAACUCUGAGUUGGAAAGUAUUUGGGGGAUUUCAGCAAUAUUAUCUCCAUAUCCCCAUAUCAUGCAUGUUCAUGCAUGUGCAAAUGCAAACACUCACAGGAAGUGUAAAGGGCCAGAUCUCAGGUCAUUUCCUCUGUAUCUUCAAUAAGCCCCUUGAGGGCAGAAGCUGUUUCAUUUCUCUUUUGUUUUUCCAACACCUAGCAGAGUGUAUGGCACAUAGGUGCUUUAACAAAAGCUUACUUAUUGGUACUUCAUAUCAAACACACCAUGUGUAGGGCACUGUCCUAGGUGCUGAGUGAGAUUCAAAGCCCUCUGCCUUCAUGAAGUUCAUAAAAGAAACCAUUGAAAAAAAUAAAUAUUUUGCUGUGAGACCACACAUCUGGAAUUAGAAGGAACCUAAGAGAUCAUGUAGUUCCAUUUCCUCAGUCCCACUUCACAGAUGAGCACCCUGAGGCCAAGAGAUGUAAACUGACUAAACCACAGAGUAAACAGCAAAGCCUGGUUUGAAACCCAAGUCUUUUGAUUCCAAAUUUGGAGCUCUUUCCGCUGAGUCACACUGCCUACAAUAUAAUGCUUAAAAAUAACAGCAGGGUUUUCUGGUUAAAAAAUACUUUCCAAUCCAUUAUUUCAUUCGAUGCUCCCAAAACCCAGUAACGUAGACAGGGGGCAUGUUAUUGUCCAAGUAUUUUUUUCCAGAUGAAAGUGAAUUGGCUUGUCCAAUAUCCAUUUAGAAGUGGUGGAGUCAGAACUUGGACCCAACUCCAGUGCUCCUUUCACUGUACCUUCACUGCACUGCUCUCCAAAACAAAUUCAGAUGCCCUCAGAAAACACAACCGUAGCAAAUACGUAGAAUGGAAAUUGCAGGAGGGCAAGACUGUUUGGCUUUUGGAUUUUUAUGCCUAACAUAUAACUUAGUGCCUGGUACACAGUUGUUGUUCAAUAAAUGCUUUGGGUGCAGUUGAAUAUUAUGACAGCAGUCACAGAAAGCCAGUAUCUCCCUCAUAUUUCAAGGAAAGCGCCUUCAUUUUUCUUGCUGGAUAUUGUUUAGACUUGGACAGAAAGCUAAAAACUGCUUUUGAAAUCCAUACUAAAAAUAAGAAAUGAGAAGUUGAGCUAAUCAUAGAAAAUCCUGGUAAGUUGCCCUUAUCAACGAAGGGAUCAUGGUUUUGGUUGAAGACAAUUUCAGAUCUUACUGCCACUUGUAUAUGCCUGUAUAUACAAAUCUUCAGAAAUACCCUUUGGCCCACAGAGUGUAACAAUUCCUGAGUGACAUGUAGACUGUUCAUAGUCUCCAAGCUCACAGCUGCCUGCCUCCCUUCUAACAUUCUUGGAAGUUCCGUAUAUAUGUCACACGCAUUCUUGGGAUGACGUGUGGGAACAUAGGAAUGAAUACAAUAAGUCACCAAGAGGGAAACAGUCUAGAAAUAUUAUUUGUCAUUCAUUGUUUAUGCAAAUACAUGUUUUCUGUGAUUGCAAACUUUAUUAUGAGCAUAGAGGGAUACUGGAGGAAGACCCUUGGUAAAAGAAUAGUGUGGGUUAUUCAAUGGAGUACGUGGGGAAAUUAAGACUUUUCAAAAGGGGGAAAAUUCACCUGUAAUGUAUGAGGUAAAACUUAGUCAUCCAUAAACACAGAUAUUUUGAUAUCGAUGGAAGAACACAAAAAAAAGGAUGAUAUGUGAAACUGUGAACUUGUUAGGUACAAUUUGAGUUUUUAAGUGUAUAUCAGUACAUAAGAUAGAAACAAAAUUGCCCUGUUUGUCUCCUUCUAUAUAAAGUAAUUUUUCCUCAAAGAUUUGAAAAAUGUCCCCCAUGCUUGCUCCCAGUUUGUGCUGAAGGCAUAUGCAAGUUGAACAUCUUUCACCUGUCCAUGACCAUUGGAGGGGUCCUUCUCUAAGUCACUUCUCUGUGGAAAAUGAGCACUCCAUGAAAAGUCCACUUUCUUUGGUCCAAUUUUCCAGUUGAGAUGCACUGGGUCCUGCAAAAGGAAAGAAUCAUCUACAUCUUUUCCAAAGACAUACGAAUCUCACUGAUAGAGGUACGAAGCAUUGGAUAUAGGUGAAGGAGGGAUUCUACACUGGGGGCACUCUGAUUGACUUUGGAAGGUAUGUUCUGAAUAUUUUUCACUCGGUACAGCCAGCCAGUGUGUUUUAAAGAGACCCACCCUGAGGGUCAGUGACCCUCAGGAUCAGUGUAUCAGUUUUCCUUUGGGCGCUUGACUCUCUUCCCAAGGGCCACCCCCAGGCUGUCUUCUCUUAGCCCUCUCCAGUUAUCCAACCACCCUCUUUACUUCUCAUCUUGUCAGCGUGUGUUUUUCUUAAAAGGGGCAGGGGAGCAAGUCUGAAAGGUCUCUGUCAGGCCUGGCACGGGGCAGAUGUUAACGCACGGUUGUUCUUAUUUGUUUCUGUUUCUGUAAAUAGCAAUGUACAAAUGGAAAAAGCAGUGUGGAAUUAAUGAAGAGAUGCGCUUUUGAGUUGUUUUUAUAUUACCUCAUUCAGCAAGUUUGUUUUACAAUGAUGAUUCAACAAUGCUUAAUUUAUAUUGUUUGUACUGUAAUUAAAACCAUUGACAGACAUUUCACCUUGCUUGUUAUUUCAUACAAUCUUGAUUUGAUUAAAUAUGCCAGUUUGUAUUAUGUUUUUCUCCCUCCCAUGGGAUUUCUUUGUGUGUGUCAGCUGUACAGUAUUCUGAAUGAAAAAUGAAAAAAAGAAAGAGACAAGGUGUAAAGUACUGCCCAGAGAGAAUGAGAGAGAGGCUGCUGUAUUGUACAGGUCUCCAAUAAAGAAAAAAACAACGUG